UUUCAGCCAAUCAACAUGAAGAAUUUAACAAACAGCGCCAAUUUCGGAAUGCAACGGAAAGAGGGUAAAAUGGCUGAUGUUCGUGCUGGAAAUGGAGGAAAACAAAGACAAGGAUUAAAGAAUAAACACGAUGACUUCAUGGACAGGUUUAACAAAUUCAAGAAAACAAAACAAAUUCAACCACUUCAGGAAAGAGGAAAAUCAACAAAUAACAACUGUGGACAAAAAAGAAAAUCAUGUCCAGAUUCAAGUUCUACCAAAGUGCCAUUUAAGAAGUCAAAGGAAAAUAGAGGCACACCGGGCCAUGUUUCCAGGCACAAACCAACCCCUAGCAAAGCCGAUAUGACCAGGAAACCUGUUGUCUCUCAAGGAUCUAUACAGAAGCCCGAGUCAAAUGGUAACAAGGGUGACACAGAAACAGAGCAUGAGGACACACCAAUGUUAGUCAGACUACAAAGAUGGAAGGAUGAAAAGCAAAAGAGCAUUCAAGAGAAAAAGAAAGACAACAGGAAGAGUUGUCCAGGUUUAUCAGGUUCUUGUAAGAAGUAUGUACAGCCAGGUGGCCCACGCCCACUUCAACAGUCUCGUCCUAGACAGUCGGACACAGCACAGAAUCUGACACGGAAGCCAGUCAGUCUGACCACGCACAAGGCCCCCAGUACUGAAAAGCCGGUGAAUAAGUGGGAAAGGCUGUCCAGGGGCUCAUCAACUAAGCCAAAAGAUGGUGUGCUGUCCAGGGCCAUGUCUAACUCAAGAACUAGCAUUUCCAGCAAGGGUAGUAUGACAGAAAGGACUAGACAAGGCGUGACCAGGGCGGGAUCACAAGACAAGGUCAACAAACGUGACACUAACGUUAGGGGCCGGACAACUCAGAAACCUGAAGUCAAGAGACGCCACUCAGAGGUCCAGGCUCGAGGCAGUCCCCUUAGAAGGCCAGGGAUACUGAAGAGGAAGUCCUGUAUCGCCAGCUUUGGAGAUAAUGGAGAGACGGAUGCCAAUAACAGAGUCUUAUGUGAUGAUGAAACGGCAGUUCUGUCUCCAACCAGUGGUAAAACAGGCCAGACCACAGUUAAAGAUCUUCCUUGUAGAACUCCAGAUACAGCAAGAACUGUGCGGUUUUAUUCCCCUCAGAGUCAGACUACUGACUCAAUCUUCAGAAAAACUCCCAGCAAGUACAACACCAAGGAAGAGUCAAUGAGAAACAGAUUGAAUAAUUGGCUUGUUGCUAAAGGAAAAACACCAUCCAAAUUCCGACAUCUUAUGUGCUUUGAUGCCAAAAUGUCAGCUAGAAAGAAAAGUGACCCUAAAACGAAGAGAAAUAUUACAGUGGAGGAGCUGACAGUACAGCAAGAGACAAUGGAAAAAGAGACAACACUGGCUGUAAAUUUAGCAGGAAUGUUUGACAAGGUGGCUGAUGAAGAAAAAGAAGAGACUGAAGCAGACGACCAUCAGACUCAGGAGGACCCUGGCCUCUCACAGCUACGUACCAUCCUCGAUGAAUGUACCAUCCUCUUUGAGGCGGGUUGUCCCCACACAGACAUCCUCAAAUGGUUGGAUUCCAUUGAACAAAACAUACCCCUGGCCAGAAAGUCAGCCAUUUUCUACAUCUGCAAGGCCCAGGUUUUGCAGUCAACUGCCGAUCUAGACAGCGUCCUCAAGGUGUUUGAGGAGGCAGUUAUCAAUGCAGCCCAGCCUGCACAGGAACUGGCCACAGCACUGACAGCCAUUGUGAAGGACAUCAGUAAAGAAAGAGAGAGGAAAGCUCACCAGAAAGGAAUCGAGAAACGCAUUCAGGAGGAAAACAUCUUUGAGUCUACAGCCAUCAAAUACUGUGUUCGCCAAGUUACUCCAUUCUCAAAGAGGAGCAGAAAAUCAACAGGUGACACAUCAACAGGAAGCCAGUGUACUGUGUUAACACCAGUGAGACGAUCCACACGCAGAAGUCUGGCCAGCCUCCCCGACUCUCUGCAGGAGAAAACACCUGUGUUCAACACCCUGGAGGAACUCUCUGACUCUGACAAGAAAAAGACACUGUACAAAGAGAACAAUGCCCUGAAAACACUGUAUUCAGAGGAUGAAGUCCUGGAAAAGGUUUCGCUAGAUUUCAAUGAUUUGGACAAUGAUGUUUUGACCUAAGUUUGUUGUUAACAGGGAUGGUUCAUCAUGUGUUGUCUUGGGAUUAGAUGUAGGCACAUCUGGAAAAAUAUAGUUUUGAUUUCUAUAGAGCUAUGUCACUAACGAUCAACAAUUCAGUGACAGUUUUUAAAAGUUUUCAACAAUAGGAUAAAUCUCCCGCAUUUUUUAGCUCACCAACAUCAGAUGGUGGGCUAUUCAAAUCGCCCUUAGUCCAUCCUUUGUCUGUCCAUUGUUAAUCCGUAAACAAUUCCUGUUACUUCUAUUUCUAAAAAAGUACUUCAUGGAUCUUUCUCAAUUUCAUAUGUAGGUUACCCUGGUCCUUAGUUGUGUAUAAUCAAUUUUGAGACUAAUUGAAAAGGAAAGGCCAAUAGGUGGCCAUUUUGAAUUUCUAAUGGUUGAAAGUUUGUUACCACUUUUUCUGCACAAUUACUGGAAGGAUAUUUUUUAGACUUAAUGUGUAGGCUCCACUUAGUCUUAGUUUGCCCAUUUAAUUUUCAGUUACUUUUGAAAACAAAAUGGCCGGCAAGUGGCCAACUUUGAUUUUUACAUUUAAACUUUUAUUUUUAUAUUUUUUUGGUCACAGAAAGUUCUUCUUAGACCCCUCUAAGCUUUCAUUUGUAGGUUCCCCUUGUUAUUGAAUUAUUAAAAGGAAAAUGAGAAAAUAGAGAAAAGAUCAGUCUUAAUAUGCCCUUUAUAAAAGUUCUUUCAAUAGUGAGCACCAAGAUCCCUCUGGGAUCUCGUUUAAAACUCCUUGGCUAAUUUGAACAUGAUGAAUGAUAAUAUUCAUAGUGCUUUGAACAUAUUUUUGCAACACUUUUGAAAUGUUACUGUACUUAUUGAGCUGACAUUGUGGUAAAUUGAGCACCAGUUAAGAAUAUUUUAGUACUCUAAAUAUUCAUAUAACAGCAGUAAAGUGAUAAAGCAUUUUUUAGCAGGUUUCUUAUUUUAUCAUUUUAUAUAUAUAAAGCAUUGCAGUUUUUGACGUACUAAAGUUUGAGAAUGCCAACAUGUGUACACGUACAGAAUUAAAACACCAGGCUCUAUUUAACACAAAUAUAAUAUAUUGUUCCUUUUAUUUGAUGUAUAUUACAAUACAUAUCGGAUGUACCAUACAAUUAUCAGAUAUAGUGCAAUGUAUUGGAUGUCUAAUACAUUAUGGCAGUUGUACAGUAUAAUUUAUUGGAUGUAUUCUAGUACAGUGUAUCGAAUGUUUGAUACAAUAUGUCAGGACAGAGGUACAAUGUAUUGGAUAUAUUCUAGUACAAUGUAUUGAAUGAUUAAUACAAUAUGUUACGUCAAGGUACAGUGUAUGGGAUGUAUAGUACAAUGUUACAUUAUUCAAUGUAUAUAUUUGUGUAUCUGGAAUAUAUAAUAUCCUGUAUUCGAUUUCUUCUAUCAUAUUUAAUGCUAUAGACAGAAUAUUUUAAAGAAAUCAUUGGGCCAUUAUUUUUGGAGUUGUCCCCCUUUAUACAUUAGCUGUAGUGUCCAAUAUAUAUAUAUAUCCUAUAAUUCUCACAGGAUUGCAGACAUAUUAAUCAUAACACAUAUUUUUCAAUUCGUCUGCAAUCUUGAGAGAAUUAUAGAACCAUAACUUUCCAAAAAAUGUAAUUUAAUGCUUAAAUAGCUUUAUAACAUGUGUGUAACGACCAUGAAAACUUGUACAAGGUUGGUAGCUUUUACUAUUUGACCAUUUUGUUUUUCUGGAGAAUGUGUCACUUUGCAGUGGGACUGCCUAUUUUGUCCCAUCUUGUGAAACACAUCAAUCAUUUCCUUGUAUGUUAUAAAUAUUGAUACAUACCACAUAUCCAAAUUAUUUGUCCUACUAUUCAUCUUUCUUAUCUGUCUUCUAUAAUGACCCUCUUUCUAUCAUUUCUAUCUACUAUCAUACACUACUUCAUACUAUAUCCUACUUUCUACUAUCUACUAUUGUAUACUAUUGUCUUGUCAUAUUUGCACCCUUUGUACAAAGACAACAAUCAAUAGUGGGAUAAAUUGAUCAUCUGAUGAUUUCAUGCACACAAGAAUAGAUAAUUUUAUUUUCUCUUACUCUGGACAGGUGCAUAUAUCAAUAUUUGUCAGGUUUCCCUUUUUUACAUACUUUACAGGGUUAGUCCAUGGUUGCUGGGGAAAAGAUGAAUAGAAUCUGUCACCCCCUUCGGGCUAAGACAGGGGAAUCUCAACCAGAGGGGGAAGAUUAUUAAGUUGCCGAACAUGAAGCUUGCCGAGUGUUUGGCAGCUUAAGCAUUUUACCCUGAGUGUUGAAAUUCCUGUCUCACUUCCAUGGGGAGUGAAUGAUUAUUUUUCUCUUACCUUUUUUUACCGUCUGCUCACAAUAAUGUAACAUAAUCAUUUUACGUUGAGUAACCAUGUCGUAAAUGAUAAUGUCAUCAAUUUUGACAUGCUUUCCAAGGAGCUUACAUUUGCUUGUAAAUAAGUGAAAAAAUAAUCAACAUGGGUCUGUUCGGCUAACAAGGAUAUCUCGACCCUCGUGUAAGAGUUUCGCUUGCCAGCACUUGGCAAGCCUCGUGCUGACUGGUCAAACUCUUACACUCGGGUUGAGAUAUCCCUGUCCAUGUAACAGUCGACCCAUGUUAGAAUCUAUUAAACUCAUCUUUGGGUUAAGACUGGGAGAUUCCCCUUUGACAACAAGUGAAUGACAUCAUUGCAACAAUAUGAUGGACAUGCAUCAACAAUUUGGUCAUGUCAUGCCAACCCUUUCUCUCAUUGAUGUGAAGUCAAUAUGGCAUGUAGAGUGUUAACAGGGUAAGACAAAAAUAGAAUAAUCAUUUACCUGCUUUCAGGGUAAGGCAAGGAGAUUUCUGCCGCGGAGUGAGAUUCCCCCGCUUCCAAACACUCUAUGUAAUACUUGUUAUCUCUAAGGAUUCAAGUAAUUCAGAAACCAGUUGAUAUUUAAAGGUUAGUACAGUAUUGAAUUGUUUUACACCAUUUUUAUUAAAUUGUAUGUAGCAUCUUUCCUUCACUUGUUACGCCCUCGCCGAGGAAGUUUGUGGAAUCUACAGGAGUAUGCAAAAUUUGUCUGCCCCUCAGUUCAUGACUGGCCUAUGUCCAAGGGAAUAUGUAAUUCGAAGAAAAUUUUCAGUAUAGACUGGUAAUUUAUGUUCAUCCUCAUGAGUAAAUAAAACUUAUCCAUGAGCUUUUUGGAAAAAAGUUUUGUACAUCAAUUGCUGUUUGAACAUUUACUAUUAGCUUUGUAUUCUGAUCUAUUUGGUAUCUUGUGGUCAUGAAUGCAUUAUUUAAACCCUCAGUUUUUGAGAAUAUGAUUUUAUAACCUGCUAUAUACCAGGUCAGUAAGCCAAUCAAUCACAGUGCAUUGUCAUGUGUCAGAUAUAUUCAUCCAUAUUUCUUGCCUCUGCAACAUCACUUUUGACACCACCUUUUGAUAUUAUGCUCUGUUAUGUAAACUUAUGCACUGUUUCAUGGAUGCCUUCAUGUUAAAUGUAAUGUGAAUUGUGUGUAUCUACAUACUUCAUUUAUGGCCUUGCGAUCACAAAAAAAUUGCUACAAAUGAAAUAAAAGUUUUAAAUAAAUUUUACGAUUUGCUCGACUGGGUACUCCAAAUUCAUCCUCGCCUGGAUAAACACAAAUGCUUGUUAAUCAGUUGGUUUCUGCACUGUAUAAACCAUGGUACUUUUAAACACUCCUCUCAGGCGGGUUAUUGUCUAGAUAGACUGAAGAGUUUGCUGUUUGCUAUUUUAUUACUAUGUUUGAUAUUGAUAAACGACACGUGUGUAUCCGUUAUUGUUAUUGCCUAUGCCAUUGUAAACAAUAUUAAGACGAGCCUUUUGCUAGAAUUGUAAUUGUUAUAAUGAAAACCAAAUAAACUGUGAUUAUUUA